UUUAUGUGCACUAGAAAUUUACAGUUUCUAUCACAGAACAUAUCAAGCGUUGUAAAACUUUUGGCAUAGAUAAGAAUUUUCUUCUUAUGUAUCUUUCUUCAUUUAAAAAAAUCUUUUACCUUGGUUACAUCACAACUCAUAAGCACAGAUUACAUGAUUUUUUGAACCUUAUAUAUUAUGUUAUAUUAAUGCUCAUUAUUGUACUUUAUCAGAUUUUUUUAAUUUUAUGGUUAAGGAUUUGGUUUUGAAAGUUUCACAAUACGAUGUCUGGUGUUGCGUUUGAUGAUAUUUUGCAACAGGCUGAGCAGUUGAACACUGGAUUAGAUGGAGGAGCCGAACUACCCAGGGUACAGAGGAACAUACAGCAACUGCUUGAUGCGGGUCAGCGACUUCGAUCCAAAACAUCCACUGCACAAGAUAGUGCCCAACCUCAGAUUAACGCUGCCCUGCUGCUCAGUUCUAAAGGACAGGAUGUUCCAAAAAUUUCUGACCGUUUAAAAACUUUAACUUCUGCUUCGGAAACUUUUGAGCCGCUAGAUGUGGUUGGUGACACCGAUAUUGAAGGUUUUCUGAGAAAUGAACGAGAGAAUGCCAUACUUGCUGUUGUGGAAGAACAAAAACAAAGAACAUUCUUGGAUGUUGAGAAGAGACACUGGCAGACAAGAUUGAGUGAAUGGGAUACAGAGAAGCAACAGUUACUAAACAAAUUGAUUGGUGCGGAUGGUUCAUUAAACUUCAGCAGAGAGGUGUCUGAACACAUGUCCACCAGUGUCUAUAAAACCUCGGGAAAUGUGAGCGUGAACCCAAGGAGCACCAUGGACCAAUGGGAGCUUAACUAUGCCAGACAGGUCCACAUAUACAAUGAUAGAAUUUUGGAUGGUGGUAUUCAUUUAAAUCUCGCUGAUUUGUGCCAAGCUGCUGCCGAAAAAAUGAAGGACGUGAAUGUAACUGCACUGUGGAAAAUGGUGAAAUGUGUGACAGACGUACAAGCUUCUAUCGGUUCUUCUCUUAUUUCUCGUCGAACAUCUAAACCAAUGCUUCACAAUCUGGUCAACCAAGCAUUGACUUACUUGGAGAAAGCUUAUCUGGAUUACAUGCAAACUUGUGUGUAUGCACGUCCCCACAUUGCUCAGCUAGGUGGCGCACCUGGGACUAUCAAUUUAGUCAAAAGUUUUCUGCGGGUUCAGCCGGCCAACACUGUUCAGGGAUAUGAAGAUGGAGAUGUGGAUGGUGCUCCUUUAUGGGCCGUCAUCUUCUACUGCAUGAGGAGUGGGGAUUUAGAUGCGGCUGUUGAGGUUGUUAAACACAAUGAGAAUAUAAUCCCGGAGUUCAGUGUGUGGAUGCAGGAGUAUGUGAGGGAAGGGAAGAAAUUAUCUUCAUCUUCUGAGAAUAAAAUGAAGAUUCAAUAUAAAAGAAGUGUAAGGACAUCACCAGAUCCUUAUAAAACAGCAGUUUACUGUAUCGUUGGACGAUGUGACAUCAAUGAUGUUCAUGGGGAAGUUGCUCAGAAAGCUGAAGAUUAUUUGUGGCUUAAAUUAUCGCAGGUUGUAGUAGAUGAAUCAAGUGCCCACCCUGAUGUGUUGACGCUAUCCAGGUUCCAGAAGCUUCUUGUUGAAGAUUAUGGUGAAAGUCAUUUUAAUGCAAUGUCUAACCCACUGCUGUAUUUCCAAAUUCUUUUCCUGACAUGUCAGUUUGAAAAAGCGAUUGAAUUUCUAUCACGGUUUGAAAAUCUUCGAAGCCACGCAACACACGUCGCGCUUGCAUUACACAGUCACGAGUUGUUACUUACUGCUGAUUCUCUACAUGCAAAGAUGAUCACCACAGAAGCUGCUGAUGAAUCGCCCCUCACAGUUGUGGAGCGAUUAAACUUAUCAAGAUUAGUAAUGUUGUACACACGUAAGUUUGAGAUAACUGAUCCACGCGAGGCACUCAACUAUUUCCAUUUCUUGAGAAAUAUUCAAACUGAUGGUCAAUCACUCUUUAUUCACUGCACCAGUGAACUGGUUCGUGAAACUGGAGAGUUCGAGAUGUUACUUGGAAGGUUAAAUGCUGAUGGCAGUCGUAAACCUGGUGCUGUGGAUAAAUAUUGUGCUGGUGAUACCAAACUUCUUAUAGCGAAGGUUGCCUCAGAUACUGAAGCCAAAGGUUUGAAUGAAGAUGCAGUUUAUUUAUAUGAUCUUUGUGGAAAACAUGACCAAACCUUAGCUCUUCUUAACAGAUUAUUAAGUCCAGUCAUCAGCAGCUCAGAUAAUUCACAUCCUGAUCGUGCCAGACUUAAGUCAAUGGCGCUCGCAAUAGCUGAGAGAUACAGAAACCAGUCUGUUGAAACUUCCCGCAACGUUCGUUCAACUUUUCAUCUCCUUCUUGAUCUUUUGGUGUUCUUUGAUCUUUACCACGCUAACCGUGUUGAACAAGCACUAGAUGUCGUGAAUGAGCUACAGAUGCUUCCAUCUACAAUGGAACAGGUUCAAUCAAAAGUUUCGAUGUUUAAAACAUAUACGGAUGAAAUUCGUCAAAGUAUUUCCGACAUCUUGCUAGCUACAAUGACAUUACUAACAAAACGGUGUAAACUGCAACAAAACCUUAAUAAGUCGGUGACGACCAAAAGUGGGGAUUCUGUAUGUACCAACGCACGACGAUAUGCUCGAUCUCUGAUUACAUUUGCUGGUAUGUUGCCUUACCAUUUACCAGGUGAUGCAACUGCUCGGCUUGUACAACUGGAGGUACAGAUGACAUGAAACAACGAAACUCGUUCCAACAAUCAUAAUUUUUCUACAAUAAACUCUCGUAUAAUGCG